AUGGAAGCACAACCCCCUCAAAUAGACAAUAGAUUAGAAUAUUUAGGUAGUUACGUACAAAAAACAUUAAAACUAAAGCCCGAAAAAUGGAGCCGAAUGAUGAAUACUGAAGAUCACAAAGCUGUAGUCAAGAAGUUUUUAGAAAGACCUCAUCCAGUACUCUUGGUUAUUGUAUUAACACCAACAGCACAGCUUGUAGCUGCAAAUGGAUUUCCAUUAGCUCAACUAAAAAGCAAAGGAGUUUAUUUCAUCAAAAAGGCACCAAUUCCUGUGUGUAAAAUAACGCCAUCCGAAACCAUAAUACCAGGAGAUCUUUCACCUAAAAUAAUUGAUCAGCUAGCAUCACUUGUAGACGAGAUAUUGGUUCCUCUACUGUCAAAUCCGCAAAACCACGUAGGAUGGCCAGCUGUAAUAGCUAAGGAUGUCCACAAGCACGUUCAUAGUUUAAAAAGCACGGUUUAUCAAGUAAAAGGACAAGUUAAUGGCCAAACAGUUCUACCAAUGCCUGUAGGGGUCGAUAGAGUAUUUGAAGUUGAAAAACUUCUCAUAGAAAGUAACGGCGAAAUUUGCGACUUAUAUCUAAAAAGUGCUAUAGAAGGAGUUGUAAUUAAAUGGUCUGCUCAAAUCAAUGAUGUGUUAGCAAAUGAUUCUUCUGAAAAAUGUCCUUCUGUUGUUAAUCCUGUACCCACAGUAGAAUUGCAAUUUUGGAAUAAACGACUAAAAAAUCUCGAAUAUAUCUAUCAACAGCUUAGAGAACCUAAAGUAAAAAGUAUGGCUGUAAUACUUGAAAAAACAAACAGUGCUUACUUUAGUUGUUUUAAACUAUUAUUCAAGAAUACCGUCAUUGCCCUUUCCGAAGCUAAAGAUAUGAAUCUUUAUUUGACACCUCUAAAAAAGCACGUGCAGUCAAUUGAAGAAACAGAUUUUAGUGAAAACAUUCCAUUGCUGGCGCCAAUAGUUCACGUUAUUUGUCUAAUUUGGUCCAACUGUAAGUCGAUUGAUCAGACAAAGUUGAUAACGCUAUUAAAACAAAUCUGCAAUUUGCUUAUACAAGAGGCAAAAAAAUUUUUGGAUCCAACUACCCUUUUUCAUAGUGAUAUAGACGAAGCAAUGCAAAGAGUAAGUUACUGUGUUAAAGCGCUAAAGCAGUUUAUAUCUAUUUUUAAAAGAUACAAACGCAAUUUGACGACAUACUUUCCUAAUGGAAGACAAGAACCAUGGAAUUUUCAUCCGAAUUUGGUAUUCGAAAGAUUUUACGCGUUUCUAGAAAGACUAAAAACCAUUCAAUGGUUCUUUAAUACUGUAUUGGAAUUUAAUAAACUGGAGAAGGUUGAAAUAGGUGGAAUUAAGGGAAGAAUAUUAAGUUCAAGAGUAACGGAAGUUUUUCAUGAGUUUCAACAAAGUUUUAUGAUUUUUUCCGGAAAAUCGUAUGAUGUACUUGAUCCAGACGAUCCAUCGUUCAUAGCUGAUUUCGAAGAUUUUACACAUAGAAUAUUUGAAAUGGAUAUGAAAUUGGUGGCAAUUCUUUGUCAAGCAUUUGAUGACUGUUCUAAUUUGGAAAGCAUAUUCAAGUUAAUUAACAUUGCUGGAUCAGUUCUGGAAAGACCAAUAAUAAAAGAAGAAUUUACAAAUCAAUAUGAAAAAAUUUUGGACAUGUUAGAAAGUGAAAUCAAAAUGGUAGAGAUAAUUUUUGAUGAACAGAUGCAAACAAAGCAAAAAACUGGCCACUUUGUUUUAGACAAAUAUAUGCCUCCAGUUGCUGGUAUUUUAAGGUGGACUAGAAAUUUAUGUUUACGGCUUACAGGUCCUCUGAAUAAUUACAAGACUUUGCAACACCCGUAA